AUCAAAUUUCAUACAUCACCUUCAUCCGACCAACUAGCCGGGGCGCACGCUAGUAGUGUACGUAUUCAAUAAUAAGUUUUUUUUUCUCCGUUUAUGAGCAGGUAACAUUAAAUUUUUCCAGAGAAGAUGUCGAGCACCACCACCACCAUCGAUAACGACGGGCGUCCCUCACGAACUGGUACGUGGGUGACAACCUCUGCCCACAUAAUAACGACUGUGAUCGGGUCGGGAGUGCUCUUGCUGGCCUGGUCCAUCGCCCAGCUCGGUUGGAUGGUUGGACCGGCCACCUUGAUCGGGUUCUCCCUGAUCACGCUGUUCACCUCUUUCCUGCUGACGGACGCCUACCGUCAUCCGGAUGGCCGACGGAACUACACCUAUCUGGACGCCGUGCGGGCCCAUUUGGGAGGGCGCAGGGUCCAGCUCUGCGGGCUAGCCCAAUACCCCAAGUUCAAAUCACAUCGACCCUAUCACUUAAAUAUUAUUUGUACCCAUAUGCAGAAUAUUAUAGGAGGUUGAAUAAUCAUUUUCCAUAUUUUAAGGGUGUUCCGCUAUCAUUAAUUUUUUUUAUCCAUACACAAACUACUAUCAAAGGUUGGAUAAUCGAUUUUCGAAAUUUUAGAGAUGUCCCGGAACACCCUAAACCUCCAUGUAUCCGCCCCUGGCUGUAGGUGGUUAAUUAUCGGUUAUAUAUGUAUGAAGUUUAAUUAAUUAAUUAAUCGCACAUAUAAUAAUUAAUUAAUGAGUUAAAUUGAACAGACGGAGGUGGGACAAGGGCGGCGGCGACGGAGUCAGACGCACAGAAAAAUGUGGAAAUUUUUCAUAGCAAUCGGCGAUAUUGCCUUUGCUUUUGCCUACUCCACUGUCCUCGUCGAGAUCCAAGUGCGUAACUAAUUAAUUAUUCCCCUUUCUUAUGCAAAGAAUUCGUUAAUUAAUUAACGGAAUAAAACUUUGUUAUUUAU